GGCAACAGCACAUUUAUUAUUACUUGAGAGCAACGUGCUACUCCGAUUUUAAGCGUUUAAAAAAUAGGACAAAAUGAGCGGCAAUGCAAAAAAGGAGCUAAUCCUUUGCGACUAUUGCCAAAUCGCAAAAGAUGGCAAUCAGAUUUACACAAACAGAAAGCAGUUUGCUGGCUGCAGAAUCGUUGACAUUCUACAAAGUGUCACCCAACGCACCAUACCUCUGCCAACGACCGUUAAAUUGUGCAGCCUGUGCGCCUCAACGUUGCAUGCCACAACAGGCACCAUCGCCAGAGCCAUCGAUUUGGUGUCCAAACUGACGCAGACUGGAAAGAAGCAGAACAUUGAAACUGUCCUUGUUGAAACCGAGUCAGAUGACGCAGUCGAGGCAAAGCAGGCAAAGCCUGCCACAAACAUUGAUUCACCGGCAACUAAAGAGCGCAAGCCAAAGGGCGCGGCAACUACCAACGGCACGCCCAUUGGUAACCUGGACAGCCCUAAAGUGACGUCUGCUAAGGCUAAGCCAGCCGAAAAAAAAAGCACGCCAAACAAGAACGGACUCAAAGAACUAAACACUUCGGCAGUGGGCGUCCAGCAGAGUCCUAGAAAACAGGCCCUCAAAGCAAGUCUGCCACAAACUAGCACCCCGGUGGCAUCAGCACAAUUGUCCACUCCAAAGAAGGUAGAGGACUUGCUGCAGAAUGCAAUAAAGUUGACGCCUGCCAAGGAUGUGCCCAAAAAGAACAAAGAUUUUAUUCAGCUUUUUGGUGCCAACGCUGACAAUGCCAGCGACACCGAGGAGGAGGAUGAAGAAGAUGACGAGGUAACGACAGUCGGGAAGGUAGAAGUUAAGAAUAUAGCAACCGGCUUCGAGUGCAAGCUAUGCGACUUUGCAUCCGUCUACCCGAAUCCCAUGAAGAAACAUUUGAAAACAUUGCACGGACAGAAGCGUCCGCGCAUCUACAACUGCAUGAAGUGCACCAAAGCCUUUGGUGUGCUGAACUCCUUAAAGGUGCAUCUGCUGACACACGGCAUUACCGAGAAGAAGGAUGAGGGUGCCACACCAGACCCACAGCUAGCAGUGCUCACGGCACUGAAGCCAAAGCCGAAACCUUCCAAUACGGAAUAUACCUUUGCCAUUAAUAACACCAACUCGUCCACACCAAAGCCCGCCGGGGAGCAAGUGCAAGCUACCACAUACCAGUGCGAGAUAUGCCACCAAGAUUUGAACACGGUCAAAACUCUACAGGAGCACAUAAAGACUGUGCAUAACAUUGAGCGUCCCAAGGCAUUUAAAUGCGAUGCCUGCGAUUCUCAUUUCAUGCACAAAGUCACAAUGGAUCGCCACUACAAGAAGAAGCACUGCGGUGAUGAUUCCACCAACGCUGCGAUGCCGGCUAAAAUUAAAGGUAGACGCAAAACCAUCUCGAUUGUGGUUAACCAGCCGCCCAGCAAGGAAGAGGCCAUGCCACUGGCCAGCUCGCCAGUAAAGAUUACAGGCAGACGCAAGACUACGGCAGUCGAGCUGAGUGGACUAGAGGAGCCGCCAGCCAAGUUGAAAAGGCAAUCACCACGAAAAGAGCCAAAGAAAUUAAUCGAUAUAGACACUGAGGCAACCCAUAAGGAACCCAUUGAAGAGCCAGCCUCACCGAGCAAGAGCAAAACAAAAGUGGAGUUGUCUGAGAGUGCAACUGUUGACAACGUCACGAAUGAAUCAAAAGUGGAAAAGUUGUCUGAGAGCGCAACUGUUGACAAAGUCGCAGGCACGCCCAAAAAGCCUAAGAAGCCAUCACAAGUGCUCAAAGAUUUCUUUGCGCCGAAGCUGGCCUCGCCAGCCAAGAGCAAAUCGAAAGCUAACGACGAACAGGUCGGGCCCACACUCAGCCAGGAGAACGAGCUCAUAGAGGAGCUGAAUAAUAUAGAUCUGAAUGAUAUAGAUCUGCUGGAUUCAUUUGACGUCGACACGUCCAGCAAAAAAAUUAAGUCCAAGAAAGAUGUAGAUACGCCACAGUCAUCAGAAGUCAUAGAAAUCGACUCGCCAAGCAAAAAGGUCAAGUCCACGAACGAAGAAGAUCCGCUAGAGAAUUUACAGAUCAACACGUCAAGCAAGAAAAUUAAGUCCAAAAAAGAUAUAGACACGCUAAAUUCAUCACAAAUUAUAGACAACAAAGAAGAGAAACUUACGAAUGAAGUAGAUCCGCUAGACUCAUCACAGAACAUAUCCAUCAAUGGCACGCCAAAGAAGUCGGGCAAACGCAAGGCCGCCAAACAGCUGGCGGAGGAAUCAUCACAAGCGGACACAGCCGAUGAGGGACUGGUCAGCCCAGUGCAGCUGAAGAAAUCAAAGAGCGACAAGCAGAAGCUGCCAGACAGUGAUAUCGAACUGCUCGACGAGAUCAAUCCCAAUGUCAAGCCGCACAAGCGCACAAAGCUCGACUCGAUGGUGCUCUCCGAGUCAGAGCUGAGCUGCAGCAUGUGCAGCAAGGUGGUUGGCUCACGCAAGCGUCUCGAUUCGCAUAUGCUCAAGAAGCAUACCACAAAACUGACAUGCCCCAAUUGCAAGGUUACCUAUAACGACAGCUUGGAAUACGUUAAGCACUUCUCGGUCUGCAACGGAGUUGACGGUCUGCCGUGCGGCUACAAAAACUGCGAAAAGGUCUUCGCAGCGGCCAAUUUCCUCUGCUCCCACUUGAAUAAGAAACACAAACUCGCGAAGUAAUAUUUUUACACAGCAAUUCAGGCCUUGAAGGAUGCCAAAAUGACUGAAUUUUUAAUGUUUUAAUUUUUUUUAACUAUUUGUAAACAGUACAAAACUUUAAUAAUCCAACAAACUAAAACGGAAAUGGAACCCAAUUCCAUUAGGAAAAUAUAAAUAUAGUUUUCAAUUAUAUAUAA